CAGCUAAAAGUCGAAGAACCAGUGAUGCAACUCCCCAACUUUAUCACCCUUUUCUUGGGAAACCAAAAAUCUCUUUACCUUAGCUAGGUAUAUUUAAAAGAGGGAAAUGUGAGUCUCUAACAAUGGUCAUUUGAGAGAGAGAGAGAGAGAGAGAGAGAGAGAGAGAUGGCAACAACAUUUGGUAGAGGAGCACAGAACAUGAACUCCAUGUACAUCAAGCCAAUGCUGCGAAAAGCCUACCACAAGAAGGGCUCAUGCAGUGAUAGUACUGCAACCAAAAUGAACGGGGAGGAAGUGAAGAACAAGAGCAAUACUGUGGCCGGAGAUCAGGGCCGUGUUGACGGUGACUGCUGGUGGGUUCCCGAUCAUCGAACUGGGAUUUUCUACCCUAAAGGCCAAGAGAAAGUCAUUGAAGAUGUUCCGGUUGGAGCAGGAAAGGAUUCUAGGGUUAAUUGGUUUACCAACAAUGAGGACUUCAUUUGAUAACCUUAUGUUGUAUUCCUAAUAAUAUGUUCGAUUACUUGGGCUUGGACAUUUUAUGUGGAUGUAAUCUCCUAAAGUAAUUUCUGAAAAGAAGAAUAUCAUUGUGAUGUUUUCGUAAA